UUCAGUUCCUUGUAAUCAAUAGCGUUAGUCAACUGUGUUAGUCUUAGUUACCACAACAACAUAAAAAUGAGUGCUAUCAAGUCUUAUUUUAAACAAGAAGUGAAGUCUAGCAUGCUCAGUUUAGAGCAUCCUAAACCGGCAGACUUUUAUCUCAGUGGCUGGCAAACAACGCGGUCGGUCGUACCGCUUUUGAUUUGGCGGGCACUCCUCUUCCUGACUGCAUUCGCUAUAGUGCUAUCUUCAGUUAUAAUUUACAUAUUGAAUGGGAAGUUCGCCUACUGGUUUAUUUAUCUAACCCACUGGGGCUUAUUGAGCAUUCUCCUCACCACUGGAUUCGCGACGGGAAUAUCAGUGCGCUGCUAUUUUUACGGACCAAUAAGCACCGAGUUUACACUACCAUGGUACCUGAAGACAUACUGGAUACUCUUCAAUACCGCCGUGCCUAUUGCAUUGCUAAUCACGAUAUUCUACUGGAGUCUGCUAUACAACGCUGGUAUCGAGGAAGAGCUCAAUCACGGUCUGGACGUGGCCGUGCACGGGCUCAACUCGCUGGUGAUGUUGUUACUGCUCGUCAGUUGCGCCCAGCCCAGCCGCCUGCUGCACAUCUACCAGCCCGUUGUUUUCGGCACCACCUACAUGCUGUUUUCCGUCAUCUACCACUUCGCUGGGGGCACAGACCAAAAAGGUAACGCGUACAUUUACCCUGUGGUGAACUGGUCGGAACCAGGAACGACAAUACUGGUGGUAUUCGUGACUGGUCUGUUACUAGUAUGCCUGCACCUCGUCACCCUGGCUUUAGCAGCAGCUCGUGACGUCACAACUAAGCGGUUGAUCCGCCGCCCCGUCGCCGGGACACAAGAAGAAGGGCACCCAUUGCGACAGCAUCGCACUAAUGCGUAAACAAAGUAAAUCACUGAACUAUUCGUUUGUAGAAAUGUAGACAGUUUUCAUAAAACUUUUCAUAAAUCAAUGAUAAGAUCUAUAACUUAAACAAUAUGGGCUUAAACAAUAAAAUGAAACUAUGACUAAUUCUAUUCUCCAUAAUGUCAUUGUAAGUUGGAACGAUGAAAGCCAAAAUUAAUUUUAUUAGCCUUAAAAAUAGAUGAAAUCCACUUGUCUGCUUGCUUAUACAACGUUUGGAAACAUUGAUAUUAUUUUGUGACGACUUCUCACAAACGUUUUUCCAACGUUUCAUUAUACCUAAAGACGAAUUUCAGAGUUUUUAUCAAUCAUUGGUUUAUGUAACGUAAAGAUUAUGAAUAAGGAUAAUGAUAAAUAUAAAUUCUUGAUUCAAAGAAUUCAAUUUAAUUUUCUGAUACUUCUGUGAAGUUUUUGUUUCUAGCUAGCCGGUAGAUCAAAGGUCGUUGGGACCUUGGUCGUUAGAAAUAUUUUAUAUAGAAUAAUUUAUUCCAUACCCAUACAUAGAUUCAUCUGGUAAGGGAUGUAAACCUUUGUUUUAGGACAUUUUGCCAUGUGCGUAUGUUCAUAUAAUAUAUGUAUAUAGCUUUUACUACUUGUGUCUAUGCGUUGUUUGUUGUUUUUAAUUAUGAAGAAAUAAAUGUUUGUUAGAAUUUA